AUGCAAAAUCAGCUCACGCAUCAGAGAAUUGGCGGGCACUUUGGACGAACUCGUCUUCGUCUCGGAGAAGAACGCCAUUUGAGACGAGCGUACGCUGCCAAAGAACCAAUUUUGGUACAUCAGUCAAAACAACUUCUCAAGACGGUGAACUCUACCACCUCUGCCUGCGACCAGCUCCUAUCCAAGACAGAAUGCCUUGAUGAACUUGCUUACAUCACUAAGGAGAACCUGCUUGCGUUGGCCGUGGAUUGGCUUCCCAAGAUAGUGAAUAAAUCUAUUCAAGACGCUCAUUGUCUCGAUGAUCUGAUCCAGGCUCAAUGUGAUAUACAUAAACGAAAUGGUGAUGAGAUGGGUUGA